GCCUAUUCAUUUGGCUAAUGAAGUGAGACUAGGCGGCCCAGUUCAAUUUCGGUGGAUGUAUCCUCCCGAAAGAUACAUGUGUACUUUAAAGUCAUAUGUUCGAAAUAGAAGUCGUCCUGAAGGAUCUAUUGCGGAGGCCUACUUGGUUGAUGAGUGUUUAACUUUUUGCUCACGUUAUUUACAUGAUGGUGUUCAAACAAAAUUGAAUAGAAUACUCCGGAAUAAUGAUGCUAAUGACUUUGAAGCGGAAAUUCCACAUUCAUUUCCAAUUUUGUUUCCUAAGAAAGGCUGUCCAUUGGGAGCAAAGAAGGGUGAGAUUUUUUCUCUUGACGACAAGUCUCGAAACCAAGCCCAUAGCUAUAUAUUAUUGAACUGUGGAAAAAUUGAAGACUAUGUUAGAGAGCAUGAGGCUGAUCAACAAGGAACAAGUUGGGUGAAAGCUAAGAACCAUAGUAUGAACUUUCCCUCAUGGUUUAAAGCACGUGCCAUGCGUCAGAAUGUUCCAGAUUGGAUUAAGGAGCUUUCUAGAGGGCCCAACAAGAUUGCAAAAAGAUAUUCGGGAUAUUUUAUCAAUGGGUAUAGAUUUCAUACUAGGCAACGUGAGGCAAGACGCAAGACGCAAAAUAGUGGUGUAACUUUAGUUGCGUUGACUACGAGCUUUGCAAGUGCAAAGGAUCCAAAUCCAAUUCGUGCAAAAGUUUCCUACUAUGGCAGAAUAAAUGAUAUAAUUGAGUUAGACUACUUUGGCAAUUUUAAGGUUGUAGUAUUUAGAUGUGACUGGUAUGAGACUCAAGAGGAUGGCUAUGGCUCUUCGUAUGUUCAAUUCAACAAAAAAUGCUAUCAAGAAGAGCCUUUUGUGUUGGCAUGUCAAGUACACCAAUGCUUCUAUGUGCAAGAUCCAUUUGAUCAAAAUAAACAUUAUGUUAUGAAGUCAAUUCCAAGGGAUUUAUUUAGCAUAGGUGACGAAGCUGAUGUUGAUCCCCAAGCUAUAUAUGAAAAAGAGCCAUCUGACCAGUCAAUGGGUCCUUCUAUACCCAAUGAUAAUGGUGAAAUUGAUUUGAUUAGGGGUGACUUGCACGAAGUUGUUAUAGAUGCUUCAAAAGGAGUUCUUCUUUCACAAGAAUACAACACAGAAUCAGAAGAUAAUUCCGAAGACGACAUUGAAUGAUUUAUACUUUUUUCCUUUAUUACACUAAAUAGUAGGGAAGUAGAAUGAAAUAUGUAUAUACUUUAACUUUUUAAUUGCAUUAAACA